CAUGCUAUUUCUAAUGAGCUUUAUAUAUAAUAUUUUGAACGACGAGCAAUCAGGAGCUUAGAAGAUAUAUAUACAAAUUUAUUAUUUUAUAUUUUUGCAGGUAUCAGUAUCAGCUUGAAUGUAUCGUUUAUUGUUGCGACCAAGCAGCCAUCAGCUGACGAUAUUUUCUGCUUCUCGAUCAUUCAAUUCGGUAUACCAGAGAACCAUGUCCAAUGCAAGAACCGAAGAACCGAAGAAAAUUGCCAUUGCUCAAAUGCGUUCUACCAACGACAAACAGCACAAUAUGAAUCAAGUGAGAACCAUUCUACAGAAGGCCCAAAGUCAACAAGCUACGUUUGUGUUUUUCCCCGAGUGUUGUGACUAUGUGGGCAGUAAUCGUGAGGAGACCUUGAAAAUGUCGGAACCACUUACCGGUCAAACGGUAACUGAAUACAAACAGCUUGCAAAGGAUUUCAACCUGUGGAUAUCGUUCGGUGGAGUUCACGAAUCUAUUCUUAGCGAUUCCAUCGAUGGCGAAAUGAAAAAUAUCUACAAUACUCAUUUGGUUGUGAAUAAUCUGGGCGAUAUCGUUGGCCAAUACCGAAAGUUGCACAUGUUUAAUGUUGUUACUCCAGAGUUCAAAUUCAGGGAAUCGGAAACAGUUCGGUCAGGAAACGAGCUCGUGUCACCAAUCAACACACCUAUUGGUAAACUAGGAUUACAAAUAUGUUACGAUGUGCGUUUUUCUGAGGCAAGCACGCUGCUACGGAAACAGGGUGCCGAAAUUCUUACCUAUCCAUCGGCCUUUGCUGUAUCAACGGGCAGGGCUCACUGGGAGGUACUGCUACGGGCCCGUGCCAUCGAAAACCAGUGCUUUGUGAUAGCGGCCGCUCAGAUUGGUUUCCACAACAAAAAACGGGAAAGUUACGGCCAUGCAAUGGCAGUGGAUCCAUGGGGUUCCGUUUUAUGCGAAGCCGGUCAGCAGGAUUUGGACGUUGUAGUCGCGACCCUUGACCUGGAGAGGCAAAUAACUGUGCGGCAGAAUAUGCCUUGCUUCGAUCAUCGUAGGGAUGAUGUCUAUAAUUUGUCUUAUCGAAACGGAUCCAGUCAAGCAGUAAUAUCGGAAGCGGAGUGUAAAUUUGGAACCAUUGAUAUUCCCUGCGAUAUGGUUUUUUAUUCGUCGGAAUAUAGUUUUGCAUUUGUCAACAUUCGAUGUGUGGUUCCGGGUCAUGUGCUCGUCUCUACCAAACGUUCGGCAGCUCGUCUUCCGGAUUUGACUGCGGCAGAAAUAAACGAUUUUUUCCAAACCGUGUGCCGAGUUCAGAAGGUGGCUGAAAAAUUGUACAAUGCAACAUCUUCCACCGUCACCGUUCAGGACGGCCCCGAAGCCGGUCAGACGGUUAAUCAGGUACAUUGCCAUGUAAUGCCGCGCCACGAAGGUGAUUUUCCGGAAAAUGACCAAAUAUAUGGUGAGUUGAAUCGACACGAUAAAGAACCGGAUCGGCCAAAACGGGCUCCCCAAGAGAUGAUUGCCGAGGCGAAGAGAUUUCAGCAAGAGUUUCUACGGAUGGGAUUGUAAAAUACGAAUAUAGUUUAAGUAGAAUAAAAUGCUGAUUAUGAUUAAACUGAAAAACAAAUGCUCCAAAUAUAAUGCUCUAUUUCAA